AAAAGUAUUCCGGAAAUGACGUCGUGUCGUCGCCGUCUGGGUCGUUGGCUGCUUCCAGAGAAGAUGGCAGCUGUUGACAUCGACAUGCCGGUAGAACCAGAAUCCCAAAUCCGCAGUCAAGAUGACCUGGAUCGCCAGGCGGAAAUUUUCAAAGAGCAAGGAAACGCAUACUACAGCAAGAAAGAUUACCCUGCAGCUUUCAACUAUUACACAAAGGCCAUUGAUGCAAGUCCCAAAACUGCCAGUUAUUAUGGCAACAGAGCAGCCACCCUCAUGAUGCUUUGUCGUUUUCGGGAAGCUCUUGAAGAUUCCCAGCAGGCCGUGCGUCUGGAUGACGGUUUCAUGAAGGGACACCUGCGAGAAGGAAAGUGUCACCUGUCUCUGGGAAACGCCAUGGCGGCAGCGCGUUGCUUCCAGAAAGUUCUGGAACUGGAGCCCAGCAACAAAGAGGCUCAACAGGAGAAAAAGAAUGCGACCACACUGCUGGAGUAUGAACGGAUGGCGGAUUUCAGCUUCGAUAAGCGGGACUUUAGAAAGGUGGUGUACUGUAUGGACCGGGCCAUAGCGUUGGCACCUACCUGCCAACGCUUCAAAAUACUGAAAGCAGAGUGUCUCGCUUUGCUGGGCCGCUAUCCAGAAGCUCAGUCUGUGGCGAGCGACAUCCUGAGGAUGGACGCCACUAACGCUGAUGCGCUGUACGUCCGAGGCCUUUGUCUUUACUACGAGGACUGCAUUGACAAAGCCGUGCAGUUCUUUGUUCAGGCUCUGCGAAUGGCUCCGGACCACGAGAAGGCUCGCUUGGCCUGCAGGAAUGCCAAAGCUUUAAAGGCCAAGAAAGAGGAAGGAAACCAAGUAUUUAAGAACUGCAGCUACGAUGCCGCCUACCAGCUGUACACCGAGGCUUUGGCGAUAGACCCCAACAACAUCAAAACCAACGCCAAACUCUACUGUAACAGAGCCACAGCGGGGGCAAAGCUGAAAAAAUUCGAUCAAGCCAUUGACGAUUGCACCAAAGCAAUCAAACUAGACGACACCUACAUCAAAGCCUACCUAAGAAGAGCUCAGUGUUACAUGGACACUGAGCUGUACGAAGAGGCUGUUCGGGACUAUGAAAAAGUCUACCAGACAGAAAAAACCUCAGAGCACAAGCAACUGCUAAAAACUGCACAGAUGGAGCUGAAGAAGAGUAAAAGAAAAGAUUAUUAUAAGGUGUUAGGAGUCGGCAAGAACGCCACUGAGGAUGAAAUCAAAAAAGCAUAUCGCAAGCGAGCUCUGAUGCAUCAUCCAGACCGCCACAGUUCUGCAACCGCAGAGGUGCAGAAGGAGGAGGAGAAGAAGUUUAAGGAGGUAGGCGAGGCCUUCACCAUCCUCUCCGACCCCAAGAAGAAGAUGCGUUACGAUAGUGGACACGACCUGGAGGAUGACGGCUGCUUUGAUGGUGGAGAUUUUGAUGCAAACAACAUUUUCAGGGCUUUCUUCGGUGGCCGUGGUGGAGGAUUUAGCUUUGAUUCAAGUCCAGAUUCUCAACCUGGAAACUUCUUUUUCCAGUUCGGCUAAAACAAACGAGCUUGAGGAGAAAAAGCAAAACCCGCUGUGGACACAUUUAAGUCGGACCCGUUCACUCGCCACGUUCUCACUUCCGUGUGUUGAAAAAUCGACUUGGCUUUUAUUUUUAUAUAGGUUUUUGAUAAUUGCAUUUACUCCUCAAUUGACUCUUUUGCGUUGAUGCUGAGACUGGAAAAAUUUUUAGACUGGAUCAUAAGUCAUCGCAUCAUUUUAUUUUUGUUUUUAUCUGCUGAAGAUGGCAUAACUGCCAAACUGACAUCUUAUAGAUAUAACCGUGUAGGACUUGACAGCCUUUAUGAAACUGCUCAGUAAUAAUAAGCAUGUUAGCUGGUUAUUUUAACUGGGAUACAUAAAGUUUCUCAUUAAAAAGCAUGGCUCUAUAGAAUAAGAGAUAACUAAUAACAGAAAUCUCUGAACGAUUCAGGACAAAUUCUGAAAGGCUUUUCUUUUUUGCCCUUAUUUUAAUCAUCAGAAAUUCAGGGGGAGUUCCUAGUCAAUGCCACUUUGUAUAUUUGACUCGAAUGUACAUUAUGUGUCCCUCACCUUUUCCUAAGUCUAUCUUUAAUUAUAUUUAUUGUACUGUAUACUCUUGCCUGUAUUAAGCAGAAUGUCAGUGAUCUGUUUUUUCCCCCCUCAAUGGUAUUACAUGUUUUCUGUCAGUCUCACUUGCACAUUUAUAUUUUUGAAAAGGCUAAAAAGAUUUCUAAACAUCAAUUGAGCGUCCCGAUCCAAACCAUCCUCAGCAUCGGCACUCAUGCCCAUCAGAAUGAAAGUGGUGCCUUACCAGAACCUGAUAAAAAAUCCUACACCUUCACCCCGUUUUGAAAAAAGGUAGCAUGUGUUUGUGUUAAGUUAGGAACCUUUCCUGUGUCCUGAUAACAAAACAAAUGUGAGCUUGUAAAUGAAAGUCUUGUUGUGAGACUUGGUUUCAUCCCCUCACUAUGUGCUGUCGCCCUUCCAACUGUGUUUGGUGCCAACCUUUUUUGUACUAAAUACUCUGUUUAAAAAGGGGCACUGAUGGUUGGUAGGAUGUUCCUGUUCUACAGUUUUCUGUCACUGAUUUGUGUGUAAUAAAGCAAAAUUGUUACAGUUCACAGGACAUGCUUUUUCUAAACAACAAAAAUAAAGGCUCAUCUUUUACUUUA